AUGCAGCUUCCAAUGCGUCUGGACUUGGAAACGGCGCUCUAUGUGCAAAAGUUGCAGCACGUUUCUGCCACAUGCCGCUUGACAUUGGAAGAAGAGCAGCGGGCGUUACAGCUCAUUGAGGAUCAAGACCACCGCCUGCAGAUUGCGCGCCAACACUUAGAGUCUGUCCCAAAAAAGCAGUGGGCUGAAAAGGUCGAGUGCAAGAAGUUUUUGGCCGCGCUGCAGGCCUUGCUGCGAUCAGCAUCCCUGCCGGUGCAUAUAGAGGAUGCGAAGCAACUCCUGGUGCAAUCAAGUGAUUGGAAGCACCUCCCUCCCGACAUGGUUGCCACUCUCUCCAAUAGACGAAGUGCCUUGGAAGCUCUUGGAAGGAGUCCCCAAGGCACUGGCCUUGCUCUUGAACCAUGCCGAGCCGAGCUGGUGUUGCCCGCCAGGGGCACAGGUCCCAAGUCUGCUCUUCCAGGCAGCUUGUUCCAAAGCAAGGACAUGAGCUUCCUUACUCGGAGCCCUGACACCAUUGUUCGAGAAAUCCCGUUCAAGGCGGACAACCACGAAAAAUUGAAAGUCGAUGCUGCAAUUGCCUUGAUUUGCAGGAUGCUGGCUGAUGAAAAAAAGGAGAAAGACACCGAACUGAAACUCUUCUGGCUGCUUUACAGUUGCCUCACACCACACAAGGGUGGUGUCAAGGUACAAGAGAUUUUCCUCGAAGGCUUUCCUUCGUUGCUCGCGAAGAACGAUCGUGACUUUCAGCUCAAAGUCUGGGAGUUGAGCAGCGCCUGCCGGAAGUAUCAUCCGAUGCUCAGAUGGCCCCAAGGCAUGGAGUGGGGUGGUGGGGAGAGAUGUGUGCUUGAGGGAUAUCAUGAUAUCAGCACGGAAUCCUUCAAGUGCUUCGCGCAAAAAGUGGAAGCUGUUCCAGUUCAGGCCGCUGUGGGCCACGGCGUUCGACCAGAGCUGUGGAGUGGAACGAGUGGAACCGCCAAGCAGGGCCAAAGCCUCCAUCUUGCAUGGUGGAAGCCUCCAAAAGUGAGCAACGCCAAGCAGGGCCACAGAGAACUGCUUGCCUCACAAGAGCUGGCGAAGGCUUUGGAGCAUUUCAGCUGCAGUCCGCUUGAUGGUUUGGAAGGUGGCCUGAAGAAGUACACUGCAAGUGUCACGGCUGAGCCCAUCCGAAAAGCAUUGCCGUUUCAACUUGAGGACAAGCCUGACAUGAAGUCUCCUUUGUCGAAACAGGCCUUGAAGCGCAUUCGGGAAGAGAUGCAGACCUUUGGAGAAUUACGGAGUCGAGAUCGAAAGCAACUCUUGUUGUUCGUAGCUGCAAUUAAUGAAAAUAGGCUGCCAAUUCAUGAGGAGACCAUCGACCUUAAGUUUGCUCUGAAGGGGUUGCGAAAUCAUGACAUGAAAGAAAUGCAGAAUCUGAGUGAAGAUGUGCUGAAGGCCGCGUCCAAUCUUGGUGAUUCUCACGAAAUACUUGAAGAAGAGCGAUUGAGGUUUUGGCUGCUUCGCUAUGCAGGUCAGGAGGCAAGCAUUUGGUUUCAAUUUCUUUGUGCCGUGCUUUGCAGUGAUGCUGCCACGGAAGGUUUGCGGCACUUGAAUCCCUUUAAAAAGCUGCUUCGCCCUCGGCAAGUGGAGUUAGUUCAAGAGUUUGCCAGAUCAGCGGCGGAAGAGGAAUCGCUCGUAAAGCAGAUGAUCAUGGGAGCCGGGAAGACGACUGUGGUUUCCCCACUCUUAGGCAUGCUACUGGCUGACGGGGAGCGAUUGGUGGUGUUGAUGGUCCCAGCCCCUCUCCUGGAGUUUGCCAAGUCAGUUCUCACUACAGUCUUUUCCAACAUCAUUCUCAAGCGCACCUUCACCUUUCAGAUGACGCGUAGCGAUGACGUCGAUUGCCAGCUUUCCAAGAAGAUCAGUCGGCUUCGUGACUCCGGAGAUCUGGUUCUCACUGUCCCCAUGGCGGCGAAGAGCCUCAUGCUUCGCUUCAUGGAGUCGUUGCUGGUACUGAACGACCGGAAAGCUAAACAGCGGACCCCUCAACUGCGGAAAGGCAUGAUGAACUUGGGGGAAACGUUGGAGCUCUUACAAGAGUCUGUAGUGCUGAUUGAUGAGGUUGAUUGGGUCUUGCAUCCUUUGAAGUCUGAGCUCAAUUUCCCCAUUGGCGAGAAAACGCCCAUAGAUUUGGCCCCCCGCCGCUGGGAAUUGCCCCUCCAUUUGCUGGAGGCAUGCUUUCUGGCGGGUCCUGACAGCGCUCCAGAGGAAGGCAGCAUCUUGAAGGAACUGAAAGAGGCAAUUGCCAGCGGCAUCACCGACUGCAACAUCAUGAAGGAGCCCCAUAUGGUGCUUCUGGAUGAGAAGUUCUAUCAUGAGAUGAUGAAGCCACUUCUUCUCCAGUGGUUGGGGAGUUUCCUAAACCAGAGACACAUUGGAAGGCAGUUCAAAGGUAUGCAGAACGGCCAAGGGCUUCAGUCUGAGGAGGUUUUGGCUUUUGUUGGCAACACUCAUAGCAUUUCUGCCAGCUACUACCUGAUCGCCAGCAAGUAUCGAUUGAGUUGCCACGACAAAGAAGUGCAGUUGGGUGGCCCAUACUUCUUGGAAGAGGGAGGCGAUUUCGUCUUCCAAGCAUCCCGCGCGUCCCGCGGCCCUGAUUGUGCUCUGUGGGUUAUUCGAAAGGAUGGCGGGAAGUGGAUUUUGGGAAGACGGAAAGGCGGAAAGCUGGAGGCAUUUUGUCAGGCGAAUCCAGGUGCAUCGGACGAAUUUCCCCUCUUGCAGUGGAAGGUGAUUCAUGACGGAUGGGCUUUGCGCCCAGAUAUGAACAUGGAAGCUCGAAUCACUUCACUCGAAGCGAGAAUGGCCAACGACACACAAGUGAACACACCCGACAUGAAAGUCUUGACUUUGGCCAGGGAUUGGCUGAAUGUAAUUCUACCGCACUGCCUCAAGAAAAUCAACCGCGUGACCUUUGGACUGAUGACCGAUGAGCAGGUGAAGGAUGCAUUACAGGAGAACCCACUGAUGUCAGAGACCCGUGGCAAGCUUGGUAUCCCCUUUGUGGGGAAGGACAUGCCAUCGCCGGCAGCAGAGUUCCAGCAUCCUGAUGUGCUGGUGGGCUUGAGCUUUUGGAGUUAUCGCUACCAAGGCCUUCGAAAGAGUGACUUGGCGGAUUUGCUGUCCACCUUGUCUGAUCGGUAUUCGCGUGAGCCUGGAAAGCCCAGCGAGCGUCCCACCAGCAAGCUCUUCAAAAGUUGGGUGGAAGUUUCGGGCGGGAGAAUGGCUGGAGAGCGGACGUUGCAGAUGGAAAAAGCGGAGAAGCCGAAGUUCCGGCAGCUUCAUGAGUUGGAGUUGACGAAUGAGAAGCAGAUGGAGGAAUUGCAUCAACUACUCUACAAGACUGCUGCGGUCGUUGAUUGGUACCUGAAGAAUUGCAUCUUCCCGGCAUCCAUGCGUUUUCAAAGCGAGCAACUUUCUGCGAGUGGUGAAGAUUUAGGGGGCAGCGUGCUUUUCAAGACACGCUUGGGCUUCUCUGGAACACCAUCGGAUUUGAUGCCAAUGGAGUUGGGUUCGUGUGGCAUCGUCAGUGUUGACGAGAUUUUGGACAAAGCGUGGAAUGCAAAAUCCUUGCUUCAACGUGUUGCCAGCAAUGAACACCCUCUCCAUGCUUUGAUUGACACUGGCGCGCUUGUCACUGGUAUGACGAACAAAGAAGUUGCUGAGUUCCUGCUGCAGCACCUUCCUGGCCACUUUGAGGGAUGCGUUUUCAUCUCAGAAGCUGGGCGCAAGCAAAUCCUGGUGCGAUCUUCGCAAGCCGUAGUGGAUCUUGAUGAAAGCCCUUCGAUUCCACUUGAGCACCGCUUCGUUUUCUACGACCAGGUGCACACGACUGGCAUGGACAUCCAACACAAACCAGAUGCAGUCGCCGCUUUGACCCUGGGAAAGGACAUGGUCUUUCGGGAUUAUUCUCAGGGUGCCUACCGAAUGCGUGGCGUUGGCAAAGGGCAGAAGAUUCGCUUGGUCAUUGUGCCCGAGAUACGCCAACUGAUGGAUAGCAAGUAUGACCCACAUGGCGGGCGGAACGCUAUGGCUCCCAAUCCAAAUGAAGAUGGCAACCACAUUGGGAUACCUCCAGCCUUACGUGUCCCGCAAGUGGGUGCUUGGCUGAUGAUCAACACUGCCCUGGCAGAUCAACUCCAAUGGGCAUCCCUGCAGAUGAAAGACGCAGCGAAUGUGUGGCGCUUGCCUGCAUUUCGAAGGUUGUUAGGCUCCGACGGACCAAUUUCCUUCCGUGAUGUUGAAGAAGAAGAGAUCCAGAAGUCUGCGAUGACUUUCAUAGAUACUGUCAUCAUGGAUGUGAAGGAAGAGCUCCCAAGGGCCCGAAAUAUGGUCGAGAUGUUGGAAGGUGCAAUUUCCUCUGCCCAAAAAGCCGGCUAUCUGACAGUUCCAGACCGUGCGUGCAAAGGAUCCCAAGGAGACGACGAGAAGCUCUUCAAAGUUCGCAAGGAGACGACGGGAAGUGAGAUGCUGGACGGAAGGGAGAUGUUGGACAGAAUCCGGGCGCAGGUGUCCAAGUUUGUGGAGGCUACAGCCUUUGGCCAAGCCUUAGGUCUUAGUGACGGUGACAACCAGGAGCGCAAGGUCAAGUACCAGAUGGCACUUGGGACUCCUCGUGUGCUGUUAGCGCCUCCAGAUCUAGUUGUGAACCUUGAAGAGUGCAAGGAGGGCACAAAGUCCAAGGUGAUGAAGCCCAUCUCGGCAGCUGCGACUUUCCCUAUGACCGUCAGUCUUACCAUCCAGUCAAUCCCGAAACAGUUCUACAGAGCAGCGGAGUUCAAGGUGAACAAGCUGUGCCCCUCGUUGCCAUACCUGCCCACUGACGUUUUGAUCUCAACAAACUAUUUCAACAAGACCUGGUCGGGCUUCAGGAGAGUAAAGAAUGUGGCAGUGGUUUUGGAAUGGAUUCGUCCAAUCUCUGGGCAUGGGGCAUUUGCUGCGCAUGCAUGUCUGUCAGAAAAGGCCUCAUCUGAAGAUCAGGAGAGGAUAGCAGCUUGUCUCGAAAGGCUUUGGCCAAUGUUUGAAGCAGGUGAUCAACCGCUCUUGUCCGAGAACGUUCAGCUCGUGAAGGCUGCUGCCUUUGAUUUGGAUCUGAAGGAUUGCUGCCUUACUGGUGCUUUGGACAGGGAUGGAAUGAGGGGCGUCUUGUCCCAGGCCCAGGAGACAGAAGGAGACCAUUUCUUCGUUUUGGUGAGCUUGGCAGAAGCUGAGACCUUGCGACGCAUUUGUCAUUGCAAGAGCAGCAAAGGCAGUCCAGUCUUUGCAAGCUCAAAGAAUGCCAGCUUUGCAUUGAGAUCUUUGGUAGAUUGGAACCAUCCCUUUGAUGAAGCUGCUGGCUUUGAGGAGGGUAAGCAACCCUUCCAAGCACAGCGUGCUGAGCAAAUAGCAAGGUUUCUCAAUUGUGAGACUUCCUUUGAAGGACACCAAGUUAAUUUGCUGCUGAAGGCAUUGCGCUGGGAAAAGCCACUUGCCAGGGAGCGUUUCUUUGUAGCAGUGGGCGGUUGCCGCCGGCGGGCACUGGGAGAUAACUGGCGAGCCUUCAGCGUGGCUGAGGUUUUCCGAUCGAAGCAUCAGUGGGACUUCUUGGUGAAAAGGUUGCGAGGAGAGUUGUUUAGACAGAAAGCAGCAUUUUUCCUACGCACUGAUAUCUCAAGCCUUUUCCAUCUUAUCGAUUUGGAUCAGUCGGGAGAUGUUGACAUGAGGGAGCUGGCACCUGCCUUGAUGAAGAUGUUCAAACUUGGCAAUUCACCGGAAGAGAAGGAGCAGUUCAUCGAGACUCCGAUCGAAGUGGAACGAUCUCGCAAGAUGAGCUCGCCUUUUUCCUUGGCCAGUUGGGGCAUAUUUCUGAAGGACAACUAG